CCAGCGGGAACUGCUUGCGCGGCCUUCCAUCCAUCCUUCCAUCCCAGCCCGUCCCGUCAUCUCCUGUUCUUUGCUCUCUCGUCGAACCGUUUUUUCUUCCCCUGCGGAUGCUGCAGGCUCCUAUUCUGUACUUUUGUAUUCUGCAUUUCCGGUUCCCUUGAAUUCGUCUCUCAUGCUCCACCGUCGUCCUCCCGUUGGGUUUUCUUUCCCACACCUCCCACUUCCCUGUCCUGUUCUGAGACAUCCUUCAGAACCUACUGCAUCUCACUUCAGGUAACUAUUGCAAGCGUCACGCCUGGGUUUUUGAAUCAACUAAACCGCCAACUAGUAACACAAACUUUUUGGUAUAUAUUGUUUUAUGGCGAAAUAAGGGUGGCUUUGACUUCCUCAACGAUUUCUUGAACUGCCCAGCAACGCUGGUCGCUAGUUCGGUGCCAUGAAGGCCUGGCUUUUCAGCGCUUCAUUGGUCUCGAUUUGGCCCGUGGCGCAGGCCCAGGUCAUUCAAUGGGACAUCGAACAUCGCCAGCUCGACCACGACCUAGUUCGUCGAUCUUCAACCUUGGAGGAGGUCAUUGCGAACAAGAGGACGAAGGGAGGUUACUUUGCAACCGUCGAAAUCGGCACUCCAGCUCAAAAUUUCACUUUGUUAUUGGACACCGGGAGUAGUGACAUCUGGGUCCCGUAUUCCAACGCCUCUAUUUGCCAAAACUCAGGGUGCACUCUCGGAAGCUUUGAUCCGGAUGAGUCCAGCUCUUUCGAAGAAGUCGGUGCCAACCUAUUCUCCAUCUCCUAUCUCGACAAUAGUUAUGCGAAAGGUGAUUAUUUUGCAGAUGACUUCGAUAUCGGAGGAGCAUCAAUUAGCAACCUAACGAUGGGCCUGGGCAUGAAGACAAACAUCGCGUUUGGAUUGAUCGGUGUUGGAUAUGCUAUCAACGAGGUAUCGGUGGACACCGCCAACCAAGCGUACCCCAAUUUGCCCAUCGCCAUGCACCAAGCAGGCCAUAUCAACACCGUCGCCUACAGCCUGUGGCUCAACGAUCUCAAUGCCAAUACUGGAAGCAUCCUCUUUGGUGGAAUCGAUACGAAAAAAUACACCGGCAACUUGACCCGACUCGACGUCCAGCCCGACCACAAUGUCUACACCCAUUUCACCGUGGCCAUGACUUCCAUAGUCGCCUCCAGCUCAAGUGGUACCGACACUCUUACAUCCAGCGAACUUCCGAUCGAUGCAGUCCUUGAUUCUGGGACCACGCUGAGUUACCUCCCCGAUAACCUGGCAUCUCAGUUGUGGAACGAGGUUGGAGCAUACUAUGACGGAAAUUAUGCUAUGGCAGUAUUGCCUUGCUCCUAUGCAACACACGAGGGCAACUUCACCUUUGGAUUUGGUGGUUCGGAUGGCCCUGAGAUCGUCGUCUCAAUGGAUGAGUUGGUUGUUGACCUCACCAAUGGAUACCAGCCGGAAUUUUCGUCCGGGAUAUACAAAGGCGAGCUUGUCUGCGAGUUUGGUAUCCAGAACUACUCUAGCGACGUAUAUCUGUUAGGCAACACCUUUCUUCGCUCCGCCUAUGUCGUGUAUGACUUGGUGAACAACGAGAUUGGUUUGGCCCAGACGGAUUUCAACGCCACUGAGAGCAACAUCGUUGCAUUCAAAAGCAAGGGUGCCACCAUACCGUCAUCCACAGCGGCACCGAACCAGAACAAAACAACCAAGGGUUCUUCGGCCACCAGCACCGACCUGUCCGCAGCCGAUGGAUUCCAGACGGAUACCAACAGCGAUAGCGACAGCGCUGCAUCAUCUCUGAUAGCAUGUGGCUCGAGCCUGACGGUUGUGGCUAUUACUAUAGCAUUCAUGCUCGUGGGAGGCGGCGCCUUCUCGAGCAACUUGGCGUAAUGGCUUCGAGGGAGAUUCAUUGUAUCAUUUCUGCAUUCACGGAGCGGGAGCAUUUGGCGCUUGACGGGGAUUGAUUAACAUGGGCUGAUCUUUUGGCGGGGCGCAUUCAUGGAUCGGGGCGUUGGCACAAAACGGCAAUUGGAUGUGUUUGCCGUGAAAAUACCAAUGACGAUACGACGAGUUAGACACAGCCUGUUUCCGAGAGGAGAGGAGUUAGAUACCUAUUGAAAAAGACACGGGACCGUGCUGAACAUUACCUAAAUCUAUCAAAUAUUGCAACGCUGAA